AUGGCACAAUACACGACAAGAAACAAACGAGGCCAUCUGACAGUCCUGGUGCUGCUGAUCUUGACCCUCAAGCGUCACAGGAAGGGCCAGCUCAUGUCUGAAGACGAGGAGGACAUGCGCGACAACGUCAUCAAAUACAAUGACGAGGGUGGCGGCGAGCAGGACACCCAGGCAUAUGACAUGAGUGCCCUGCGCAACCUCUACGACUUCCCCGAGGUCAAAAACUCAGAUUCGGGCCCCGACCAGCGCCCGGUCCCGCAGUGGAUCCAGAACAGAGUUGUUGGAGAUGGCGGCCCGGCCGACUUCUCGGUUUUCAAAGGCUACAUACGCAAGAAGGUGGAGCAGGCGGACGCGGACUUGUCGGUGCCACCGUACGACUCAUUCCAGACUUAUGCUUUCGAGGGCAGCAGCUCGCCGGCUCUCUCGCUAAGCUCCAUCCAUACGCUGUCUACCACCUCGGAGCAGGACUUCUCGUACCUCAGCGACUGGGGGCCACGCUUCAGGCAGCUGGCGGGAUACUACGCCCCGGCCCAACCUGAGGAAGAAGCGUCCUAGCACCAUCCUGUGAACAGCAUCCCGUCAUUUUUUUCUCCCUGCAGUUCCUAGUUUGGAUCCCAGUCAGUCUGGAGAGUUUUAAUGUCACCCGUUACACUUUGUAAAGUGACUUCUCAUCUUGUAGAAAAGUUCAGGACAAAUAUUGAAGGAGAAAAACAACAAUAACCGGGUGCUGGGCAAACCUCCAACAUCUUCUCACCUGUCAGCAAGAGCAAGAGGAACGGGGCCGUGCCAUAUA